UCUGUCGAUUCAAGUCACAUAAUAAAGACAGUUGAGUGGAAGUAAAGGUGUGUGUCUAGUGAAUUAGUGUGAACAACAACUGUGCCAGUGUCUCAGGGGACAGAGCGAGCUGUGAGGGAGACCUGCUGGGAGGCAGAUCCCUGACUCUCUCACACACAAUACACCUGGAUCUGCUGUGAACAUGACCUCCCCAGCUCCCUGCAGAGGUCUGGAUUAUGCAGGCUGAAUUUUGUUUCCUGACCACCCUCUGUGAGCAUUGUCAGUAAGAGUGCUGAUACUGACCAUCUCAUUGAUGUUGCUAUGAAGACAGAGGGCCGAAAUGACUGAUGUGGAGCCUGGAGUCACAGAUUUUGCAUCAUCAGGAAGAGCAGGUCGCCGCAAUGCCUUACCAGACAUCCUGGGUUCUCCAGCUGGAGGAGAGACCGCUGACCUUCCACAGAAAUUAGCUGAACUCUCAUUAUCUCAAGAUGAAGGAGCAGAAGGUGGAGGAGCUUCUUCAGGAACCGCUCCAGCUGAAACACCAGAGGAGAAAUCAGAGACCUGAAAUUUCUUAACAGAUGGGAAUAUAUGCAAUGAAAGGCAGAGCACGGAGCAAUUAGCCUGGGUCAUAUCUAUAGUGCUGGGUGUGGACUAUGCAACAUAGUUGUUUGAGCACUCGGUCCUCUCGCUGACUUUAAAUAGAAGGAUAUUUUCUAAUUUAGGUGGAGAUAGUGUAAGUUGAAAACGAAUUUAGGAAAGAGCUAUAAGACAAAGAAUGUUAAGGAGUUUAUUUUCAAAUAAUAAAUGUUUUUAUUGUAGUUUGCAAACACUUUGCAGCCACAAUCACAAUUGGACUAUACAUAAGUGAUUAUUGUUUUUACCCCCAAAAUAGCAAUGGUUUGGUGUCCAGAAUUAUCGACAUUUUUAAACAAUAUAUCAAGUAUGUAACCAUGUCAAAUGACUCUCAAUUUCUUUCAAUUUUAUUUUUUAUUUUUUGACCUGUAAGCCAAUGCAAAAAUGUGGUCACUGUCUGAUUUCCCUCCAACAGCUCAUUUGCUUAUGGUAGCAAUACCUAAAGGCAACCAAAAUCCCCAGUGCCUUAAUGUUGUCAUUUCAAUGUGACAAUCCCAUACAAACGGGGUGACCAUCUACCAGCUAUUGUUAAGCUACAAUUGCAAUCAUUUCCGCCAGCACCCUUUGCCCUGGGGUGAUGGAACAUAAGUUCCGGAGGGAGCUGGAGAGACAGACAGGGUUACUUGCUAAAGUGAGAGUUUAAAUUGGAUUCAGAGUUAAUGGCAAAAUUAAGGCCAAUAUAGCUGAAUUGAAAGCAUAUCUGACUUAGAGAAUGCUUCCAGUUCUGGCUAUUGACCUUACGUUUUGAAAUUAAUUUUGAACUCACUUUGAAUUCUCAAUUUAGUAAAUAACACUGAAUGUGUGACUACCUUUGCCAGAGAAUGUGGUGAAAUCGGAGUCAGAAUAGGUCGGACCCCAGGAAAAUUGACAGAAGUCGCAAGUAACAGCUACAAAUAAAUCAGUACUUGUUUUUCUGUGUGUCACUGUCAGCCAAAGUAGCAAUGUCUAAUUGUGAUUUCAG